AUUCUUCUUGGAAAUCUUAAGAUAAUAAUUUAGCUCUCUCCCAGGCACCAUUUUCGAGACACCAUCGUUGGCCAUGUUUUCCGACGCCGGUGGAGUUUUAACUCGCCGGCGUCGGGAUGUCUCGUCUUCUCUUAGCUUCCUUUUCAAGACCUGCUCAUUUUAGUUCUGUUUUCUUUCAAUUUUUGCGAAUUUGGAUCUAUUUCUCUUUUUGGCCUCUUCCCAUGGCGUCUCCGAGAUAUGUGACAGAGAAAGAAGGUGUGUUCCGGCGAGUCUCCUUCUUCCAUAUCCUCUGUUCACAACGUUGGUUUCGAAGUCGUCAAAAGAGGAAUCCCUUGAUUCCAACUGUUUUUCAUCUUUGAAAUAUGAGAUUUGUCUCACUGUUUCUCUCGGAUCCAAUGGAUCUAGAUCUCUCUCGGGUCUCCCCGAAGAACUUUCUCACCGAAUAUCGUCGACAAUACUUCUACCUCCUCGCGUUUUAAUGAAGACUUCUCCAAGCAUCAUCUGCAUUUUGUUUCGAGAAGCCAUGUUGUUCUGGAGUUCAUGCUCGUCGUCCGUACCGGUGAAGAUUCUGCCGGCAAGCAACUUAAACCUAAUUCUUCCAAUGGUCUCCUUUCAUGGGCUUGAUCUACAAUUCUGCUGGCAGUCCUUUGGCCCAUAUUGCAUCUCAUCUCGGCCCAUUUAUGUGGAUUUUGGCCCAAUUUCUUUUUCAACUUGGCCCAGGUCUGUUCCUUUCAACCUAUAUUACAACCCAUUAAUCAUGCCUCCAAGUUGCAUCAUUUCUUCAAAUGUCUUAAGCUUAAUGACUACAACUAUGACGACAUUAUUAGUGUGUUAUUGCUCUCAACGGCUCAGUUUCCCGUUGAAGAAAUCAUCUCGAAUAAUUUUGGAAGAACGUAUUGUUAAGAAGAUUUUAAUGCUCUGUGAUCCGGUUUGGCUCCGACAGUGGCAUGUUCGAGUCUCCCUGUUCGCUCUGUCCGGUUUAUAUCUACCGGUUUUCAUCUUCAUUACCCACCGUUUGAAGCAUCACAAAAUCGAUUUUAACCAGCAUCCCCAAUCUAGCAGUGUGCACAUUCUGAAUUGGUUUCAGAUUUCAAAGAAAGUUUCUGCGAUUGUUCGAAAAGCUUUCGAUCUGCGUUUUAGAGCUCUGAAUCUUCCUUUAUCUGAUCUGAAGGGUCCCUUUUACCCAAAUUCCUCCACAAAAGAGAGACAUUUGGUGUUAAAUUCCUCCUUUAUGGAGAGAUCACUUUUUUCCCCCUCCUCCUUUAUGGAGAGAACCGUCUCAUCAAAUGACCAUCUUCGUUUUCUGGUUCUUAAGCUGAGAAAUCGGUUGCGUAUCCUAACCGUGUUACUAUCUUUUGUAGUUGAAGAUGUAUCAUGUUUUGCGCCGGCGAAACUCAAGGUUAUGGGUUCUUUUUCAACGUCACAAUGGCAAUGUCUAGUGACCAAUCCACUCCUCGAUUUGUUCGUGGAUGUGUCUUCGACUCUCCAAUGUCUCGUUUGUUUUAAGAUGCUUUUUAGCUCAUGUCUUCUAGCUCUUUUGGAUCUACGGUCGUAUUAUCGUAUUUAUCUAUGUUUUGCAUUUUUGAAUGCUUUAUCCUUUGAUGUACUAAAUUCAGAGUUCUUUGAACUCCUAUGGAUCUCUGUAAUCUUCUUGUUCGUUUGAAUGGAAUCAAAUUAUUUGACAAAAAAA